AUGGCGCGUCCCUUUCCCUACGCCUUCAUUGCCUGUCCUUGCGCCGACUCGCCUAUCCCCGACUCUCUCGACGACGAACAGACGCUGGACCCGCGAUCGCCGCGCUCCAACUUCUCGCUGUAUCCGCCCGAACAGCUGCUAUACUGCGAGGACUGCCACCAGAUCAAGUGUCCACGAUGCAUCACCGAGGAGAUUGUGUGCUGGUAUUGUCCCAGCUGUCUGUUCGAGACCCCCAGCAGCAUGGUGCGCAGUGAAGGCAACCGAUGCGCCCGUAAUUGCUUCAAUUGUCCCGUCUGCACCGCUCCCCUGGCCGUCACGACCCUAGAGAAUGCCACCGGUAGCAGCCAACAAGGCCCCUGGGUGCUGGCUUGCUCGUACUGCAUGUGGACCACGCUGGACGUGGGCCUGCAGUUCGACAAGCCCACCAACCUGCGCGCUCAGUUAUCCAAGAUGACCGAUGCGUCGCGUGGUCGUCAACCGUCCAAGACCUUCAGCGAUCUCAAAUCCCCGCUGGCCACCUCCGCCUCUAUCGAUGACCAGUUCGACAACGUCUCCUCCUCUCCCAACCCGCCCUCCACACCGGCCCCCGAAGGCCCUUUGGCACCCGAUGCCCGCUUCGCCGCCCUCAAGUCCUUCUACAAGAACCAAUUGGCCGCCGUCUCCUCGUCCUCGUCCGACCCGGAUCUCGGGUCUCCUGGUGCCUUGCACCGGAUCAUGUCGCUCUACGCCUCGUCCAGCCGUUUCAGUUUAUACCCCGGCGCCGGCAAGAAGCCCAAAUCUCGGCCGCCCGUCAUGCGCGAGGCCAUUUCCACCAGCGAGGGCCUGAAGAUGCCCGCCCCGGACGCCGACGACGCCGCCAUCCAGCGCUUGGUAGCGGAGGACGGAGGCUGGGACUCGGUGGCCUCGCUCGAGCAGCGGCGGUUCCAGUCGCCGGACGCCCGCUUCGUCGACGACCUCCUGCCGCUGCCGGUGCUCCUACGCACGAAACGAUCCAAACGGUGCAAGUCGUGCAAACACAUCCUGGUCAAACCUGAAUUCAAGCCGUCGUCGACGCGCUUUCGUAUCCGUCUCAUCGCCCUCAGCUACAUCCCCUUACCGACCCUUCGACCGUUAAUACCGACUCCGGGUUUAAUCCCUCCUUCUCUGCCGUCCCCCGCGACCUCCUCGGUAGCACCGAACCUCGACUCUCUCCCGCCGCUUAAACCCGUCCAACUGCUCCUCACGCUGAAAAACCACAUGUUCGACCCCGUGCGGGUCACGCUGGCCACCCCCUCCGUGACCCCCGGCCGCGUCGCCUCCAAGGUCACCAUCCUCUGUCCGCAAUUCGACCUAGGCGCCAACAGCGACGUCUGGGACGAGGCCCUGCAAGGCGCCACCCCGGCCGGUGGCGGCGGUGGCAGUACAUCUGCGACCAAUGCCGCGAAUGACCCGCGCUCCUCACGAUCCGGUACCCUCGGCGCAGGCUCAUCCGAGAAAGUCGCCGAGGCCGGCAAAGUGUGGGAUAAAGGUCGUAACUGGACCACUGUGGUCCUCGAAGUCGUCCCUGGUCCGUUACCAGGCGGUGCUCAGAACUCAUCCAAAUCCACCCCCAUGGGAACAGGCGACGAAGACACCUACGAGGAGAACAAGAACCGCGACAGCGACGAUGACAACGAGGACUCCGACGACGACGAUGACGACGACAGUCUACCCGACAUGAAGAACCUCGACUGGAGCGGACAAAACACCGACCCGGGCCAGAAAUUACAACCCGACGAAGACAUCCUGGAGAUCCCCGUAUUCGUGCGCAUGGAGUGGGACUCGGAUAACCAGAUCGACGAGCACGGUGGCGGCCAUCAGAGCUCGGAUACCGUGAAGAGGGAAUUAGCGUAUUGGAUGGUGUUGGGGGCUGGGCGGAUUUCAAAGGAAUUGACAGCUUAG